AUGACCUGGCACAACAAUGGCGACUAAGAUGAGCCAAUUUGGCAUGACCGGACGAAGUUGCGAAUUACUACGAUUGGCGCCCUGUCAGUGUGAAUUCGGCGACGACGGCCAUGACGACGCGCCAGCUCCGAAUGAUCGACAUUGGGGCGAACUUGGUGGAUCCAAUGUUCGUGGGCGUCUAUCGUGGCAAGUCCAAGCACGUGGACGACUUUGCCCAAGUUCUCCAUCGCGCGUUCUCGACCCAUGUCGAGAAGAUUAUCAUCACUGCAGGAUCGCUGUCUGAGAGCAAGGAAGCGCUUGCGCUAGCUCGCACAAAUGAAAAGUUGCAUUGUACAGUUGGCGUUCAUCCGACACGAUGCAAUGAGUUCCUGACCGACCCCGACACGUACAUGCAAGGCCUUCACGACGUUAUCAAAGAAGGCAAAGCGGGUGGCAAGGUGGUGGCCGUCGGCGAAUUUGGCCUCGAUUAUGACCGGUUGGAGUUUUGCAACCGCGCGACGCAACAAGAGUACUUUGCCAGGCAGUUCGAUCUCGCGCAAGUGUCAAAUCUACCAUUGUUCCUGCACAACCGAAACACGGGCACCGAUUUCUAUGAUGCGGUUUCUCGCCACCGCGACUGCUUUCGCGAUGGCGUGGUGCAUUCGUUCACUGGGUCUGCAGACGAGGCCAAGAAGCUACUGGACCUCGGCCUCUACAUCGGGAUCAACGGGUGUUCUCUCAAAACACAGGAGAACCUGGACGUUGUCAAGUCGAUCCCGAUCGAUCGUAUCAUGCUCGAGACUGACGCUCCGUGGUGCGACAUCCGACCGACCCACGCGAGCUUCCAGCACGUGCGCACGCUGUUCGAGUCGAAGAAACCCGAGAAGUUUAUGCUGGGUAUCGGUGUCAAGGGUCGCAACGAGCCCAACACGAUGAUCCAAGUGCUGGAAGUGGUGAGUGCGAUUCAUGAGAUGGACGUGCACGACGUGGCCGACACGGUGUUCGAGUCGACGCGCCGUGUAUUUUUCCCGCGAGACGAGGCGUAAACCCCAACCAACAAGCAGGGAGACUUGUCAUUUCCAAAUGCGACUCCUACGCCCAGCUGCGCCCUUGGCGGGGGUUGUGCAGCAGGUGUCGAAUGUAAUAGAUUUGGAGCAGCACGCAGACAACGUACACCAGACUCUCGAUCGUCCCAGCGAGCGAUACCCGGUCGUUUGUGCUCUUCUCCGCUACACGAAUUAAAAGUUUAGACAAUGCCGACAUGUG